AUGGCUGAUCUUUUGCAGAAAGCUAUCCAGACUAUGUCCUUGGAUGAGGAGGAGCCUUUGACCCUGCCUGAUAGCCCAAGAUACCGAGCUUUUGAUGAAAACGAGACAAGCUUACUGGGAAGAUUACUGAAACCUGACUGCCAAUCGAUGGCAAAGAUGAUAGAGUACAUGCCGACGGCGUGGAGGGUGUAUGGACGAGUCCGUGGAAUUGCUCUGUCGCGGGAUAGGUUCCAGUUCAUUUUCCAACGAGAAGAAGAUCUGGUUACGGUGUUGAAUGAUAGGCCAUGGUCUUAUAAUCACUGGGCGAUGGUUUUGGAGCGUUGGAUAGCAAACCCACCUGGGGAUUUCUUGCAGUCUAUGUUUCUCUGGAUUCAUAUCAAGCACAUACCGGUUAAUUUCUUCACGGUUGAGACUAUGCACAAGCUCGCAUCUGUGGUGGGGAAAGUAGAGAAGGUGGCCUAUGACCCUAAGGUAUCCCAUACAACGGAUUACAUAAGGGCGCUAGUCUUGUUUGAUACAAAGAACCCAACGAAAUCUGCACGAAAGCUCACUGUCAAAGGAGGGACAGUGACCAUUGAAUUUGAGUAUGAGAAGAUCCACAAGCGCUGCUUUCACUAUCUUCGCUUAACUCAUGAGAAAAUCAAAUGUCCUUUUAUACAAAAGGGAACCAACGGAGUGCAGAAAGUAGUAGAGGCUCCGAGGAUGGAACAGAGGGGUCCAAUUGUAUCGGACCCGUUGAGUGGACCUCCUGGUUUCCCAGUGAUGUUCCCAGAGCUUUCUGGUGAAGACCGUAAGAUGGCGAUGCUUUAUAUAUCCCAUGCUGACCCGACUGAGCAACUUGAUAAGGGCAAGGGACAUGCUCUCUCAUACACUGAGAUGCUUUAUAUAUCCCAUGCUGACCCGACUGAGCGUAUGGCCAGGAUCGAACGUGUCAAACAAGGAAUUGAAGAGAAUCUAGCUUCUUCAUCUGUUCACCUCACCCGCAUCACAAAAGAACUUGAUAAGGGCAAGGGACAUGCUCUCUCAUACACUGAGCUGCUAGAAGCACAUCAUUGCAACAAAACCCUCCAAAUUGCUGCUCCAGCAACAUACAUAGGUGAUACGAAUGAGGAAGUAUCGGAGUCCUCUGGCUCGAUGCUCUCUGCUUACUCUUCUCCCAUUAACCCCUCGGGUUUUCAGCUUGGCCCUUCUACGGAAGGGAGUGUCACCGGAAAUGUUGGAGUAACCAUGUCACAAAGGAGACGUCCACACUCCUGGAAGCAAAGGGCUGCAGGCAAACCUCUGAAAUUGACUGCCCCCCAAGUUUCUCCAGACGAACCCGAGCUGAUGUCAAGCUCAAAACGGAAGGCUAUCUCAUCCUUAUCUUCUACAGAGAACAGAAACAAAAAACUUUCAGAACCUACGGUGGCUUCCAGUCUGAAGCCGCUGCCUCCCCAAUUAGCAUCUGGAGCUGGAAAUGUCAAGGGGCUGGUAGCCCGGAGAGAGUUCAACGGUUGA